UAUCUGGUGCCUGGAUGUGGCUGCUGUCAAGGAUUUAUACUAUUGAAACUCCCCAAACUCCUCCAUCCUCCUUGACACUUGUUGCGGCUGUCUGCGCACCACCGGGAGAAGCCACCUGAACCGCUUCAACAUUUCCUUUUGGGAUUUCCCGCGGGGAGUGAUGAACUCCAUCGAUCCUGAGUCCCAUCACCAGCACCACCAGCACCACCACCACACCUCCCCUACCGUCGGCUCUCUCCCACCUAAAGGCGCCCAGGAGGCCCCGGACAUGGCAGCUGUCUACUGCGACAACUUCAGCAGCAUGUACCACCAGCAGAGCCUCCAGGGCGCACAGAGACCCGCCGGCUACGGCCUCGGAGAUUACGCAUCGUCUCCAAACCCGUACCUGUGGCUCAACGGGCCGGGCGUCAACUCCUCCGCUUCCUACCUGCACGGCAACAACCCGGCGUCGUUCAUCCCGCCCUCCUACGGCUCGCAGCGGCAGUUCAUCACAAACUCACCUGGCUUCGGCGGGCCCGACCUUGGCUGGCUGUCCAUCGCCAGCCAGGAGGAGCUGCUGAAGCUGGUCCGUCCACCUUACUCCUACUCUGCCCUCAUCGCCAUGGCCAUCCAGAAUGCGCACGAGAAGAAGCUGACCCUGAGCCAGAUUUACCAGUACGUCGCCGAUAACUUCCCCUUUUAUAAGAAGAGCAAAGCCGGCUGGCAGAACUCGAUCCGGCACAACCUGUCUCUGAACGACUGCUUCAAGAAAGUGCCGAGGGACGAGGACGAUCCAGGAAAAGGAAACUACUGGACGUUGGACCCAAACUGUGAAAAGAUGUUUGACAACGGAAACUUUCGCAGGAAAAGGAAAAGGCGGUCAGAUCCGAGCAGCGCGGGCGGAGCGGCGGUGGCGGCGGCGGCGGGGGCCACAAAGGUUGAGGAUGGCAGGCCUGCGAUGGCGGCCUCGCUGAAGCCCUCAGACAGCCCUCAGCUCAUGGGGCCGUCCUCGCCGGAGAUGGAGGCGAUGAGCGAGAACCACAAGAGUUCAACGGCGUCAUCGUCACCACCCGGACUGGCCUCGGCCGCUCCUUGUUUUAAUAACUUUUACAGCAGCAUGUCGACGCUCAGCUCGGGGGCCCCCAGCCGGCAGGGCUCACUGGGACUUGUGAACGAGCUGUCGAACAGGAACAUUACGGCCCUGAGCCCCUACCACCCCAACCACGGCGGGCAGGACACGGGAGCGUCAGAGCACGGUGAGGGCUUGCAUUUCAACCGUGGAGUGUACUACAACACGUUUGGCAGCGGGCAGAGCGGACAGUUCAACAGCCACUUCUACAACAGCUUCAGUGUCAACAGUUUGAUUUACCCCAGGGAAGGGACAGAGCUAUAGGAGCUGCUUGACCACAACUUCACACUGUUUUAGGGACUUGAUGCUAUGUGAAUCCCACUGAAAAAAACACACACACACACACAUGCAUACAUGCGUUUCAGCAGAGAGGUCAGUGUGCAGGCUGGGUAGCAGCGUCCUCUCUGCAUCACAACACUCCCUUCACUGAUCUGUACUCCGGAGAGAUUAGAGAACAUAAAGUAUUUUAGUUACGCUUGAUUUAAGUUGACAAGCACUCAAGCAGUCUCAAACUGUGGAAACAUCAGCCGUCAAACAAAAAAAUGAGCACUUAUCUUUUUUUUUCCUUUUUUAUUAAGCUCCUAUUUUACUCUUAAGGAUAAAAAAUAUACUUGCAAAGUAAGACAACAUCUUUUCUGAUAUUUUAAACAUCUCUUUUACAUUUUUUUUUGGCAGUUUCAACAGAAACCUUCCGUACUCUUGUAGUCAAAGCCACUCUUGUCUUGUUUAAGAUAUAAAUGUAUGUUUGAUAUUUUUGCCAGUUUUGCCAAAUCUAGCCCAUAUCUGUUUGGAGCGGCCAAAUUCUUACAGUUGAUUACAUACAGUAUGUCGACACUGUUCAUUCAUAAUCAACAACAAACCUGCCAAAGUUGCCUUUGUGAGACCGCCGUUACCUCAAAACAACAAUCACAUGAGAUGAGAUGAAAGCACCCUGUUUAUAAAGGGGUUACCUGUAUAUUAAGUUUCCAAAUGCAGUAAAUAUUUACAAUUGAUUUGAUACAAAUAUGAUCCGAGACGGGGCUUGCCUUAUUUUUAUAUCCUCCAUGUUGACUGAAACCACAGCACUAACGCUCGUGUAAAUACAUGUGGACUUUACAAAUGUGUAUUUUUGUAAAUUAUAAAAGAUAGUUUGUAACUAUUUAUGCUAUUUAUGCUAAUAGGCUUUUUUUUUUCUACUGUUGUCUGAACAUAGUUUGAUUAAAGCAAGAAGUGAAUGAUGUUAGCUUACAAAAAUGUGCCGAAAACAGUAUCACUAAAACCCAGAUGUCAUAAAUAUAUAUAUUAAAAACUAUAUGCUAUAUCAUGGUUUCUCUCAGGAUUCAAUGUGACAAUCAUUGAACGGCUUUUGUAUCUAUUAUUGUCUUUUUUUUUUUAAUCUUUAUACCAUACAUACAGCUUACAGGCAGUUUCAACUGUGACUAUUAAUAAAUAUCCUGUGGUCUCUAUUGUAUUGUCAUGCAUCUGUGUAUUCAGUGCUUUAUUAUGCAUUAUAAUUUGAAUGCAUACCCAUAGAUUUACUUUAAUACCAUAUUUAAUUACUUUUGCUCCAUUUCAAUUGAAUGCAGAUUCUUACCAUUUACUACAGUAACACUCCUACAUUAGUUAGUCUUGGUUCUGCAGGCUCUUUUCACUGUGUACAUAUUAGUUAAGGCUGCUGUUUUGCUAAAUGUAUGUGUUUUUUCAUAUAUAUUAGAUGAGUAUAUUCAGAAAUA